GAGACAAUUGAAAAAACUCAGAUAAUUCUAGCAGGAUCUUGCGGCCGCCGGAUGGUGAGGCCUGCCCUGUCGGGAGUUAAAGGGAGAAGCGCCAGUCAAGAGGUGCACCCUGGCGCGGAGACUACCUGCGACGAAACCAGGCCGAAGGAGGGGACAGGGCGAAGGCCGCCAGGCCCUGCGCCCUCGCCCUCGCCCGACGCCCCGCUCCUCGCCGAUGGGCCCCCAGCACCUGCGGGAAGGGCGGGGAAUCGCUGCUCCUUCCCCGCCGCGCCCUCUCCGCCUUCUGCCCGCCUCCUUUUCGGGCGUCCCGAGGCUGCCCCCCACCCGACGGCCGCGACCCCGCAGACCACGUCGCCCUGGAGACAAGGCGCCCCGGAUCGCAGAAGCGCCCGCGGGUCCGCGACUGGGAAGGCCCCUGAGUGCCAGAGGUGGUGGUGUUCCUUGUCACCUGGAACCCCAUGCAGCCAGAACCCAGGCCUAGCGGGGCUGGGGCCCGCAGCCGAUUCCUGCCCCUGAAUUCAAAGUGCCCCAAGGGGGCAGGGGACACGGUGAUGUACGCCUCCACUGAGUGCAAGGCUGAGGUGACGCCCUCCCAGCAUGGCAACCGCACCUUCAGCUACACGCUGGAGGAUCACACCAAACAGGCCUUUGGCAUCAUGAAUGAAUUGCGGCUUAGCCAGCAGCUGUGUGACGUCACCCUGCAGGUCAAGUAUGAGGACACGCCGGCCGCCCAGUUCAUGGCCCACAAGGUGGUGCUGGCCUCAUCCAGUCCCGUGUUCAAGGCCAUGUUCACCAACGGGCUGCGGGAGCAGGGCAUGGAGGUGGUGUCCAUCGAGGGCAUCCACCCCAAGGUCAUGGAGCGCCUCAUCGAGUUCGCCUACACCGCCUCCAUCUCCAUGGGCGAGAAGUGUGUGCUCCACCUCAUGAAUGGCGCUGUCAUGUACCAGAUCGACAGUGUCGUCCGCGCCUGCAGUGACUUCCUGGUGCAGCAGCUGGACCCCAGCAAUGCCAUUGGCAUCGCCAACUUCGCCGAGCAGAUCGGCUGCACCGAGCUGCACCAGCGCGCCCGGGAGUACAUCUACAUGCACUUCGGGGAGGUAGCCAAGCAAGAGGAGUUCUUCAACCUGUCCCACUGCCAGCUGGUGACUCUCAUCAGCCGGGACGACCUGAACGUGCGCUGCGAGUCCGAGGUCUUCCACGCCUGCAUCAACUGGGUCAAGUACGAUUGCGAGCAGCGGCGCUUCUACAUCCAGGCGCUGCUCCGCGCCGUGCGCUGCCACUCGCUGACGCCGCACUUCCUGCAGAUGCAACUGCAGAAGUGCGAGAUCCUGCAGUCAGACUCCCGCUGCAAAGACUACCUGGUGAAGAUCUUCCAGGAGCUCACCCUGCACAAGCCCACGCAGGUGAUGCCCUGCCGGGCGCCCAAGGUGGGCCGGCUCAUCUACACGGCGGGCGGCUACUUCCGCCAGUCCCUUAGCUACCUGGAGGCCUACAACCCCAGCGAUGGCACUUGGCUCCGGCUGGCGGACCUGCAGGUGCCACGCAGCGGCCUGGCGGGCUGCGUGGUGGGCGGGCUGUUGUACGCGGUGGGCGGCCGGAACAACUCCCCGGAUGGCAACACCGACUCGAGCGCCCUGGACUGCUACAACCCCAUGACCAACCAGUGGUCCCCCUGCGCCCCCAUGAGCGUGCCACGCAACCGCAUCGGGGUUGGCGUCAUCGACGGGCACAUCUAUGCAGUCGGGGGCUCCCACGGCUGCAUCCACCACAACAGCGCUGAGAGGUAUGAGCCGGAGCGGGACGAGUGGCACUUGGUGGCUCCGAUGCUGACACGAAGGAUCGGGGUGGGAGUGGCCGUCCUCAACCGUCUCCUCUAUGCUGUCGGUGGCUUUGAUGGGACGAACCGCCUUAACUCGGCAGAGUGCUACUACCCAGAGAGGAACGAGUGGCGGAUGAUCACACCCAUGAACAGCAUCCGAAGCGGGGCAGGCGUCUGUGUCCUGCACAACUGUAUCUAUGCCGCGGGGGGGUACGACGGUCAGGACCAGCUGAACAGCGUGGAGCGCUACGAUGUGGAAACAGAGGCGUGGACUUUCGUAGCCCCCAUGAAACACCGGCGAAGUGCCCUGGGGAUCACCGUGCACCAGGGAAGAAUCUACGUCCUCGGAGGCUAUGAUGGUCACACAUUCCUGGACAGCGUGGAAUGUUACGACCCAGACACAGACACCUGGAGCGAGGUGACCCACAUGACGUCCGGCAGGAGUGGGGUGGGCGUUGCUGUCACCAUGGAGCCCUGCCGGAAGCAGAUCGACCAGCAGAACUGUACCUGUUGAGCCGAUUUUUUUUUCGGGUGGGGGGAAAAAACGGACCGACAGAGAGUA